AUGUCAACACUAUCAGUCCCGGCUCUUCCCCAAUUCAACCCCCCUACGAGCCGACCUCAAAGUCCUGCCCAACUUGCUGGCGCCUCCUCCAAAAUAACCUCUGCUUAUUCCCUGCUACCCCCGGAAGCAACUGCCAGUGAAUUACAAACGUCCAUCACACACGGUCUCUUCCAGAGCGAGGCACAUGCCAGACUCGUAAAGGAUGGCCCUAAUGAAUUGCCACAUGAAGAAGAAGAGCCCCUGUGGCUAAGGUUUCUCAAGCAGUUCAAAGAAACCCUCAUCCUCCUGCUCCUUGGUUCUGCUGCUAUCUCCCUCUUCAUCGGUAAUAGAGAUGACGCCGUCAGUAUUGCCCUCGCUGUCACUAUUGUCGUCAGCGUGGGCUUUAUACAAGAAUACAGGUCCGAGAAAUCCCUUGAAGCUCUAAACCGCCUCGUACCACAUUAUGCCCAUGUUAGACGAACUGCGCCUCCAGUGCGUCGCCUUUCUAGAAGCCAUGGCGGCCUCACCGACUCAUUUGAGAUGGAGCCUCUUGCCAACGGCACCGCAGUCCCUCCAGAAGAAAAGCUAUCCUCCACAAUCCCAGCCACCCAACUUGUUGUGGGAGACCUUGUCAUCUUCUCAACGGGCGACCGCAUUCCCGCAGACAUUCGAAUCACGCGAUCAACCGAGCUAACCAUCGACGAAUCGAAUCUGACUGGAGAAAAUGAACCUGUCGAGAAGCAUUCCGCUGCACUGGACAGACCUCCAAUGAAACUAGAACAUCGCCAUGGAACACCAGAACCGUACAACGCUGCCGGUACCGUCGGUGCGGAUGUCCGUCUCAAUGAACAACACAACAUCGCCUUUAUGGGUACUUUGGUCCGCUCUGGGCACGGUGAAGGGAUCGUCAUUGCCACAGGGGGAAAUACAGAAUUUGGAACCAUCUCACUGUCCCUCCAGGAAAUUGAAGCCCCUAGAACACCUCUACAACACUCGAUGGAUCUUCUAGGAAAGCAGUUGAGUUAUAUGUCCUUCGUUGUCAUUGGGAUUAUUAUGAUUAUCGGCCUUAUCCAGGGCAAGAAGCCACUCGACCUUUUCACCAUCGGGGUCUCACUCGCGGUUGCUGCUAUUCCCGAGGGGCUACCAAUUAUCGUCACCGUAACCUUAGCCCUGGGGGUCUUGCGCAUGGCCAAAAGAGGUGCCAUUGUUCGCAAGCUUCCGAGUGUCGAAACUCUAGGAUCCGUUAACGUGGUCUGCAGCGAUAAGACAGGAACCCUGACUCUGAACCACAUGACUGUGACCAAGGUUUGGCACUUUGAUGUUAAUCAACCAUUCAAUAUCGACACUUCAGCCCAACCUACAUCUGCCAUGAGCGCUGUCUUUCGCAUCGGCAAUAUCGCCAACAAUGGGCGCCUAGCUCAGUCAAGCUUGGGUACACCGGCCACUGCUGCUUCUGCUGCUGUGCUCUCCUCUACUAGAGACAUGUCUGCAACGAGCACCAAGAGCAGAUGGCUAGGGCAGCCCACUGAUAUUGCGAUGCUUGAUGUAUUGGAUGCAUUCGGGGAAGACGAUCUACGUGAUCAAGUAGGGCAUAGGACGAGUGAAACUCCUUUCAGUUCCGAACGCAAAUGGAUGGGCGUUGUGCUUGCCAGUGCAAUGGGAGAUGUGACAAAUGGCCAAGGUCUCGGUGCAGAAACGGCUUACAUCAAAGGUGCUUUGGAACAAAUCUUGAGUCGUUGCGACACUUAUCUUACUAAGGAUGGUCAAGAAUUUAUCCUCGACGAGAAAAGGCGUCAAGAGGCACAUGCUGCUGCCAAAUCCAUGGCUGAAGAAGGCCUCAGGGUCAUCGGGUUUGCCAGUGGCACUGUGCGAAACAAGAACCGUCAUAGCAGCCGCAGUUCAACCCCUCUAAGCGAUAAGAAACCCACCGAGGGAGAUCUAUACAAAGGCUUGUGCUUUGCUGGACUAGUUGGCAUGAAUGACCCACCCAGAAAAGAUGUGCACAGAUCUAUCAAAAGACUGAUGAAUGGAGGUGUCAAGGUUAUCAUGAUUACUGGUGACGCAGAAACAACUGCGGUGGCUAUUGCGAAGAAACUCGGAAUGCCAGUCAACCCUGCUUUCUCUGCAUCCCGAUCUGUACUUCGUGGUGAUGAACUCGACCGAAUGUCUGAGCAGGAGUUAUCCGAGGCCAUUGUCACAACGAGCAUCUUUGCCAGGACGAGCCCCGACCAUAAGAUGAAAAUCAUUCGUGCGCUUCAAGCUCGCGGAGAUGUUGUCGCAAUGACAGGAGAUGGUGUCAAUGAUGCCCCGGCCCUGAAAAAGGCCGACAUAGGCAUUGCAAUGGGUUUGCUUGGGACUGACGUUGCCAAAGAAGCUGCUGACAUGAUUCUUACCGACGAUGACUUCUCCACCAUUCUCCGGGCCAUUGAGCAAGGCAAGGGUAUCUUUUACAACAUCCAAAACUUCAUCACGUUUCAGUUGAGUACGAGUGUUGCGGCGUUGACAUUGGUCUUGUUGAGCACCAUGUUUGGCUUUAAGAAUCCGCUUAAUGCCAUGCAGAUUCUUUGGAUCAAUAUUCUGAUGGACGGUCCUCCUGCACAAUCUCUUGGAGUUGAACCUGUCGACCCUCGAGUAAUGCUUCAACCUCCAAGACCACGAAAUGCAAAUGUACUCACCAGACGGCUUAUUCGUCGUGUUCUCACCUCCGCCCUAAUUAUUAUGAUGGGGACUCUGACCAUUUACAUAAGAGAAAUGGUCGAUGAGGACGAUCCUUCCUCGCCCGUCACGCCAGACAAUACUCCACUUCGAAGACGUAUCGUCACGAAACGUGAUACCACCAUGACGUUCACGACCUUUGUGCUUUUCGAUAUGUUCAAUGCCCUGACUUGCCGAUCCGAGGCUAAAUCGGUAUUGUUUGGGGAGAUCAAACUGUUUGGAAACAAGAUGUUCAACUAUGCAGUAGCAGGGAGCUUGGCGGGUCAGUUAUGUGUCAUUUAUCUACCAUUUUUGCAAAGAGUUUUCCAGACCGAAGCUAUUGGUCUUUGGGACCUCUUUACUCUGGUGUGCAUCACCAGUACAGUCUUCUGGGCCGAUGAAAUUAGGAAAUGGAUCGAGAAGAGACGAGCGGCUGGCCACUUGCCGAGUGUUGGGUAUUCGGCCAGUGUGUAG